AUGGCGGUGAAGACAGGGAAUGCGUCCAUUAGGGAUCGGACGCAGGAGUUUUGGGGGAUAGCGGAGAGGUCGAAGAAGCCGCUCGCCGCCCUGAAUGGGCCGAGCAGCAGCGGAUCGAAGCUGGAGGAGCCGCGUUCAGCGGUGGCGCUGCAGUCGGAGUUCAAUCGGAGGGCGUCGAAGAUCGGGCUUGGGAUUCACCAGACGUCGCAGAAGCUAGCCAAGCUUGCUAAAUUGGCAAAGAGAACAUCGGUUUUUGAUGACCCGACAAUGGAAAUCCAGGAGCUAACUGCAGUUAUUAAGCAGGAUAUAACAGCCCUUAAUUCUGCAGUGGUCGAUCUGCAGCUUCACAGCAGUUCACGUAAUGAAAGUGGGCAAACGUCUGCUGACACAACCUCUCAUUCCACAACAGUUGUUGAUGAUUUGAAGAAUCGACUGAUGAAUGCGACAAUGGAAUUCAAGGAUGUCCUGACAAUGCGAACGGAGAAUUUGAAGGUGCACGAGAAUAGGCGACAGUUGUUCUCUUCAUCAGUUUCGAAGAAUCCUACAAAUCCUUUUAUUCGUCAGCGCCCUUUGGCGGCAAGGUCUGCUGCAGGAACCUCGUCCCCACCUCCUCUUCCAUGGGCGAACAGUAGAGAAUCUUCAUCCCAAACGCUCCCCAGGAGUCAGGUGAAUGGAGAUUCUCAGCCAUUACUACAUCAGCAACAAAAUCAACAACAACAAAUGGUUCCUCUACAAGACAGCUACAUGCAGAGUCGAUCUGAGGCUCUUCAAAAUGUGGAGUCAACUAUACAUGAGCUGGGCAGUAUCUUCAAUCACCUAGCCACCUUAGUUUCCCAGCAAGGAGAGAUCUCUAUCAGGAUCGAUGAGAACAUGGAUAAUACACUGUCGAAUGUCGAGGGCGCGCAAGGAGCAUUGCUCAAGUAUCUCAACAGCAUCUCCUCGAACCGGUGGCUGAUGAUCAAGAUCUUCUUUGCAUUGAUUUUCUUUCUCAUGAUAUUCCUAUUCUUUGUUGCCUAG